GUCACUGCCGCCAUAUUUGAACAUAAAAAGCUGCAGACGAUAGGCCUAGAACAUUGGAGUCAUCCUUGUUUAUCUUGUUAAUAACCUGUUAAAGGUACUAGUGAUACCUUGAUAAUGAGACAGGAUUUGACUGCAAAUGGAGACAAUGGUUUUUAGUGAAAUCAAUGCAAACAAGGACGGCUGUUGUCUUGUUUGUCAUGAUGAAACUGUUUACAAGGUUAAAGUCAUAUUUGGUGAGGAGGUAAAGAAAUGUGAUAGCGCGAAACUCCGUUUAGAACUGGAGCAGGUAUUCCGGGCUGUUCUUCAUCUGUCUCAUAGUAACAAGAAUAUUCCACCCAUAUACACCCAACAUUUAAUGGUAAAGCCUCUAAAGAUAUACUGGGCUAUAUCUGAGAAAAUUGGGUUUCGACAGAAUGGCAAAGAUUUGGAAACAUCAAGUUAUUUCUUUCAGUUUCAUGUUAGUGAACGGCCAGCAUGGAAAACUAUCCAGAAUAAUACGCUAAGUGGUAAGAAACCCAUCUCCACAAGGGAAUCUCACCGAGAAAGUCGCUCUUCUCUGACCAGUGGUGGAAAAUCAGGUGAACUCGAGGAAAAUGAAGGCGAUAUAAGAAAUCGUAAAAAAGAAAAACACACAUCAAGGAAGGUCAACGCAGUUGAAGAAACAAACUGUACUAUUGGAGAAGCAACUGGAGAAAACGUAAGAGCUAGAAUUGCGACUGAAUCUGAUGACGAAGAGAUACGUGGUAGGGGAAGAGAGGAUAAAGGAAAAGAUAAAGAGACAAAAGAAAGAAGAAAAAAUAUCAACAGGAAAGAAACUGAUGAACUCUUUUACACAAAUAAACAGUUUGGAAGAUCUGCAGUAACGGAGCUAUCUCAGUCUGGUGUCACAGAUUUAGAUAUCUCAUAUGGUACAGAUUCUGUUCUCACAAAUCAGCAGCACAAUUCAAGGAAAAAGAGAAAGUCUUAUGCUAAUGUUGAUGAUAUUACAGGAUUUUCUUAUAAAGUAAAUAAAUUCCGUGCCAAAAUAUCAGGUGGAGACGGCCAGUUGGGAAGGAAAGAUCGCCAUGUCUUGUACAGAGCUGGAGGUUGUGGUCGUCGUAAUGUUCACUCUCCACUAAUGGAGCUACCAGAUGCGUCUUCCUCGGGUGAAACAGCAGUAACUGUCAACAAAUCUAAAGGAAAUGUGACAUCUAGUAUCCACAAAACAAGUUCACUACUGAGAAAUUCAACAGAACAAAGACAUGGUUUACAAUCUCUUGGUAACACUGACAGACGCACCAGUAGUGUUGCUAGGGAGAGGUCUCAUACCAUACCUGAAAAUGUGUCUGAGACUGGCCAAACUUCACAUCAUUUUAUCCGGUGUAUGGAUCAUGAUUUAUCAACGGACUCACAUCAGUGCACUACAAGUACACGUAGUCAGACUUUCAGAGAUAGAUUGCGGAAAAGAACUAUGCCUCACUCAGAUGUUACCACAAGUCCCACAGGGUCAUCAUUGAAAAGUCUGCUUACAAGGCAGUCAGUCUUGCCAAAGGGCCAAACAGUACACACAAUAUCAUCAGAAUUGUCUGAAUGUAGAAAGUCAGCAUCAAUAUCACCAGCUAAAAACGUGAUGAGUGUCAACAGGUCAGUUGCAUCUUCCAAACAUCAAAGAGGUCGAAUGAGGUCAGAAACACCACUGAAUGGUCACAGUGGUAGAAGGAGGUCAGAAACGCAAUUUAAAAGUCACAAAGGUCGAAUGAGGUCAGCAACACCACUGAAAGGUCACAAAGGUCGAAGGAGGUCAGAAACGCCAUCCAAAAGUCACAGAGGUCGAAUGAGGUCAACAACACCACUGAAAGGUCACAGAGGUCGAAUGAGGUCAGAAACACCAUCUAAAGGUCACAGGGGGAAAUUGAGAUCAGAAACACUAUCCAAAGGUCACAAAGGGCAAACAAGGUCAACAACACCAUCCAAAGGUCACAUAGGCCAGAGGAUGUCAGCAUCGAUAUCACCGUCGAAAAGUAACAGACGUCAGUUGAGGUCAACAGCAGCAUUCCACGAGUCUGAGAGACUGUUGAGGAUGCAGCAACCUAUACAGCAUGGUAUCCAGCUGACCGACGUGGACCGUUAUUUGGUUGAACAGGAAGAACUACAGGAAGUGUCCAAGCUGCAGGAAAUGGCUGCCACUCACGAUGAACAAAGUUGUUACUACACUCGCAGUCAGAGAAAGCGAUCAAGUUUAAGACUGUGGGACUAUGUUGAUUCCUUUAUCAUCACUCCUGCCAAAAAGAUAUUUAAAAGGAUGUGAGAUUCUGAAGAUCUCAAGUCAUUUUCAACUGAACUGUGCAUUGUAAAGUAUGUCAUUUUGUAUGUACAUGUAUAUAUUCCAUUGUUUUUUUUUAUCCUGUUUGCUCAAAAAUAUUUCAAAUUAUUUAUCCCCAGAUAUUUGGAUGACUCUUUCCCAUGAUGGUUUGUACUCCCCUUGUAGCUUUAGCAAUACGUGAGUUUGAAGUGCUCGAGGGUUUUUCAGUAAAUUUGAUAUAUUUUGUGAUCUAAGUAAACAUCUCCUGCUUUUCCGUUGAACUUUGUUAAAGUGUAUUUACAUAUGUAUGCAUGUGUGAACCAAUAAGGGU